AUGGACGACUCCAUCCAGCGAAAAAUCGAACUCCAAUCCCCAGACGACCUCCGGUACCUCAUCACCAACGUCCGUAAAGCAGCGACCGAUAGCAUCAACGCCGCUUUCCCCCCCGUCCUCGACGACGAAGGGAACCCCAUCCCCCAAGAGGAAGACGAGUUGCGCAACGAGAUUGAUAAGCUGGUAAACGACGUACUACAUAACCCGCCUCUUCACCCUCUCCCUCCCCUCCCUCUCAAUAAACGGCUCCCUCUCGGCCCCCCCCUCCCCAAAACCCUCUUCUCCCCCGACCCGCAAGACCAUCACAACCCCCAAACCGACCACUACGAACCCUUCGACCCCCGCAAGCGCGACAGGAUCGAGUCCCUCGUCUCCCAAGAGGAAGACCUCCUCCGCUCCAUCGCCCAGCUCAAGCGGCGCGUCCCCGCCGCGACCGCAUCCGCCUACAUGACCGCCACAAACGCCCAGAUAGCCACAGACGAGGAGAUGCUUUCGGCAGUGCUGCAACGGGCGAAGGAGGAAGGGUUGGAAAGCGGGAAAAAGGCACUCGAGGGAAUGGGCGAGUUGGAUAGACAGGAGGUUGUCGAGGGGACGUACACCAAGGCGGUGGAGACGCUGGGGAGGCUGAAGAGAGACAUGCCCGCAGUUGUGGCCAAGAUGGAGAGGGCGAGGGUGGCGGGGGGGUAUGUGGUUGGUAAACAGAACAAGUGAUGAUAUAUAUCCAGGUCAGGCGACAGAGGACAAAGGAGGCGUUACGGAAAAUAAUAAUACCCCCCACCAUUGCUACACUUUCUCAACCAAGAAAAAAACAUUACUAUGCCAUUCAAGUGAAGAGAUAAACUUAGGGAUUCUUGUUCAUCUCCUCCCACCCCGCCACGCCUGUCACAUGUAAAGUACCAUCUGAAUACAAUCGCAAACUACCAACACCCGCUACACGCCCACUGUCUACAUGUAACUACCAUGCAAAAAGAAGCCGGUCUUCAUUACCGAGUGGCAAGAACACUACCGCAUGUCCGCGCAACCACACCGAUGCAGCACCUCGUCCUCCUUCCUCAAUGACUGCACCUACGCAGCCGCCGGAGCAGGAGCAUCAGCCUUGACGUCCACCGGAAGAGCCGCAUUCCCCUGCCCGGCAGCAGCAGCACCACCCUCCUUCACAUCCGCACCAGCAUUCUGGAUAGUGGCAUCCGCCGCAGAAGCAGCAGCAGCACCCUCCUUCUUCUCCCACUUGGCCGGCUUGGCCCACUGCUCCUCGCGCCAAGGACCCAUGUCGCUAAACUGGCAACCGCCCGCACACUCGCACGAACCACCAAACUGCUUAGGCAGGUUCUCGGCGGGAACCUGCGCCAACAAGUCCUUCUGGUACCCGCUGCCCAACACAUGAAUCUUCUGCACCGUCACCGGAUCAAGCCACGCCUUCACGACCCCCCAGACGGUGCUGAAGCCCCAAGGAGCGUUGAUCAGAUACAGACGACCGAGGCGUUCGGGGUAGUAGUUUUGGCUCAGGACGCUGGCCUGCUUGACAUAGUUGAACACCUGGGGCGCCUUGGAGAUGCCAACGCCCUUGAGAUCCAUGACGGUGCAGCACGUCUCGAGGAGGACGCCCGACUUGCGGGAGCAGGCCGGGAGGCGGGGGUCGGCGACGCGCUCGUACUCGACCGCGAGGUUGGUCAGCAUGCGCUCGGCCGUGGUGAUCUUGUACAUGGCUGUGAGAUCAAUGUUGCCGAGCUGCUCGAUGUAGACGGGCCGGCCAUCCUGAUGGUGGGGUUAGCAAUUGAGGGGGGAGAAAAUUGGAGCCCAGAUGAAUUAUGUACCUUGUCGGUCUUGUGGUAGUACUGGGGGUAGUACUUGAAGACCUCCUCCUUCUCGGGGUAGUCCCAGCUGGGGACGACGUCGUCGAGGUUGGUCUCUUGCCUCCACUUCUCGCACUCGAUGAAC